AUGAACACCAUUCCCGAUCACGAGCAACACCAACUCCUAUCCUCCCCUCCCGCGCACGCCCGCCACCGCCACCCCCACCUCCGCAGCCGCCUCUCCCGACCCAAGGCCUACCUCACCCUGUCCGCCAUCUCGGCCUUCAUCCUCGGCUACAUCUCCCACUCCCACAUCUCCGAGCCCGCCCGGGACCUCUCCCACCACAACUACUUCUCGGGCCGCUGCUCUAGCCCGGUCCACCCUACCCAGGCCCGCCAGACCAUCAUCGACCGGGUCUUUAAUGGAACCUCCCCAUGGGACGGCUUCCCACCGCCCCACGUGAGCCCCCACCUCCACAUGCAGUGGACAAAGGGCUGGGGGUCCACCACCCCCGUCUUCAACAACCUCAUCCGCCAGGCCCGGCCCGACACCAUCAUCGAGGUCGGCACCUUCCUCGGUGCGUCCUCCAUCCACAUGGCCGGCCUGGCCCGCAGGCUUGGGCUGGACGCCCAAAUCAUAUGCAUCGACGACUUCAGGGGCUGGCCCGGGUACUACGACGACGAGAAGAGCCUGAAGAUGGUGAAUGGUGAUAGCAUGCUUUUGUACCAGUUCAUGCAGAACGUGGUCAGUGCUAACGAGACGGGCUCCAUUAUUUUUUUGCCGUUUUCGGCUGGGACGGCCCUCAAUGGCCUGUGCGAGUGGGGGGUGUAUGGGGACCUGGUGGAGGUGGACGCGGCACAUGAUUUCCACUCAGCAUGGACCGACAUAAACCGAGCCUACAAGGUGGUCAGGCCCGGUGGGGUGCUGUUUGGGCACGACUAUGCGUGGGAUGGGGUCCGGGCUGCCGUGCACCUUUUCGCAAGGUUGAAGGGUUUCCGGGUCAGGUUAGACGGGGAGCACUGGGGCAGCCCCAAUCAAUGUAGCCCACCGAUACCAACAAUAGAAAUCGAUCGGACCCAGGCGUGCACUUGCUGUGAGACUCCAACCCCAAACAGCCGCCAAGACAAAGCUCGGAACCGACGACUUUGGAGAAACCCGCGACUAGCCGGAAAACCCCCUCCCCCAGCCAUGGCCACCGCGAACACAGAGAGGCGCCACACCCGAAGAGGGCCCGUCAGGACGCCAGCCCUCCACCACCGAUUCGAAUCAGUAUGA